AUGAGGGGCCGCUUUAGAGGACUAAGUCGUAAAUUCUUCAACAAAUAUAAACCAUCCAAAACCGACAAAAUCAAUUUUAAAAAAACAAGAAAUAGAAGUACUUCAAGCGAAAGUAAACCAACUAAAAGUCAACAUGAAUUGGUGGUUUUAUCUGAAACUGAUCCAAAUGAAAUGAUUGACUUUUUGAAAAAUACCUCACCAGUUGAUUUUCAUACUUCACCAGAAAACAAAUCAUUUUUUAAUCCAAAAACAAGAAAUCACAAUAGUCAGAGAAUUUUUCUGAGUUUUUUAAAUCAAGAUGAAUUAUCAUUAGAUCAAUUAUGUACUGUUAUUGAUAGAGAAAUUUUCAAAAUUGAAGAAAACUCAAAAUCUAGAGCUGGUCAUCACAAAUAUGAAUCAAGGUUCAAAGAAAAUAUUGAUAGUGAUGAACCAAAACAAGUCAAAGAUCCAAUGAAGAAUAAAUUUAAAAAAGACGAAGAUUUCAUCGUCACUGACAAGGAUCCAAAGCAUACAAAUUUAAAUUCUGAAGAUAUUUUAAUUCCAAAGGGUCCAUCAAGAAAUGAUACAAUGCAAACAAUUACAAAAAACAUUCAAAAAUCUGGAGAUGAUUUUUUUAAUUUUCAAACAAAUAAUGUAGUUGUUGAAAAUGAAUUUAAACAUAUAAAAUUUAGUGACGACUGGGAACCAUUUUAUUAUAUUAAUGAAUUUCCUACAACCCCUCAAAGAUUUGGAUUUUAUGAUAAAAGUUUUGAAAAUGUUAGAUUUGAUGACUUAGAUAGAGCUAAUGUUAGUGAUGGGUAUCUUGAUACUUUAGAAGUAGCUAAAUUAAGAUACUAUAAAAACAAAAAAAAUUAA